UAGUGAAGUCUGGUUUGCAGUCACGGGCCCCCCGGCAGCAGCAUAAACCUCAGGCACCCAUUCAGCGUGUAUGCUGGCACAGCUCAAAGGCUUUGUGCUUUCCCCAGAAGGCCCAGCAGUUCACCAGUGCACCACAGCUUCCCAGACAGCAGGUUGACUCCCUAUCUUGGGCAACCCAGCCAAAGUGGAAGCCUUCCUGCCCGCCCAAGCACUUCUGCCAAUCCAAGGAGCCUCUGGUGUCCCACCGGCCUGGUUCUCCACUCAGGCUGCCUGGUUUCCUGCCCCAGUGGCCCCAGUGGCCUGACCGUCCACUUUACCAGCUUCAGAGACCUCACUAUCAGGCCAAGUGGCCAAUAUACUCACUCCAGAUGCCUCAGUACCAUGCAAAAUUGCCACACUACCAGCCUUCCUACCAGUCCAAGCGUCCACACUACAUGACUGUCUUGCCCAUCUACAGGGGUUAAGUUAUUGGUCUACCCAGGCAAGCAACUCCAGUAUCCCCACCAGCUUCUUGAUUUGGUAGCAGCUGAGAGAAGUGGCAGAGUUUGCUGCUUCCUGCAGCUGAGACCAUGAGUUUUUUAUUAAGAUGGUGGAUGCUGUUUUUGUUAGUUGUGGGAGGACCUCAAGCAAAUGAUCAGAAGGUGCCUGUUGCAGAUGAUCGAUUGGAUUUAAGUAGUCUUAACUCUGGGAAUGACACUUUGCAUGGUAGUGAGACAUUUGGAAAUCAUACCUCACCCUUGAAUGCAAAAAGCCACAACACAACUAUGUCCUCCACUAACCAGUAUCACCCUGAAUCUGAAACCCUAAAACAGAAUGGCUCUGUGUCCAAAGAACCAAAGCCUGAUGUUCAGCCCCCACCAAAUCUACGGGCAUCUCAACCACGUCAGCGCAAACCCAAGCAGUCACAGGUGCCCCAACAACAACUAAAAACUUCCUGCCUACCCAAUAAGCAGCCUUCAUGCCGACCCUGUCCACCCCAGGGGCCUAGCUGCCGGCCCUGCCCGCACAAGGAGCAGUCUGCCUGCCGGCCUUGCCCAACCCUGAGCUGCCAGGUAAAGCAGCCCCAAAAGCCAGAGUUGUCAGAGCAUGUUGGUAAACCAGCACUGCAUCAGCCUCAGGUGCAUCCAGCCAGUGUGCCUCAGCAGAGCCAGCAGACUGGUUUACAUCCACCCAGUCUCUCUCAGGUGACCCAGCAGUCUCAUUUGCAUCCACACCAUCCACCAAGUCUCCCUAAGUUGAAGCAGCAGACUGGUUUACGUCCACAUCAUCCACAUCAGGUUCCCCAGCAGACUGGUUUGCAUUCACACUCUCUGCCUCUGGCAACACAGCAGAAGGGUUUCCCACCCCUGCAUCUUCAGCCACCACAGAGCCCUGCCUUUCUGCCCCAGCACCCCCAUCCACAGGUUCCCCAGCAGACUGCCUUUCUGCCCCAGCACCCCCAUCCACAGGUUCCCCAGCAAGCUGUCUUUCCAUCCCUGCACCCCCAUUCACAGGUUCCCCAGCAGGCAGUCUUCCCACCCCUGUACCUCCAUCUGCAGGUGCCCCAGCAGGCUGCCGUUCUGCCCCUGUACCCUCAGCCUCAGCCCAUGCCUCAGCAGACAUAUUACCAAUUCAAGCAGCUUCUGGAAGCCCAAUGGCCCAAACGGCCACUCUACCAGCUCCAGGCCAAGCAGCCACGCUACCAGCCUUUCAUGUCACACUACCAAUCCCGAUUGCCAAGCUACAGUCCCAAGGUGCCACUGUACCAGGCCAAGAAGCUUCAGCACCCCCUGCAGAUCAGAUACCAACAUUUCAUGUCGGAACUGCAGUGUGGAACCUGCUGGACUACUGGACUGACCUUUCAAAUGAACAUUUAGUUUGUGCUUUAUACUCUUAACUACUAAAUGUUUUGUAUGUGCUGAUCCGUUUGAUGCCAAGUUUCUGAGCACCUUUGAAUGUUUUAAACAUGAGUCUUGAGGUCUGGUUUAGCUCAUGCGUUUUGUUUUUGUUUUUUGUUUGGUUUUGUUUUUUUGUUAAGCCUGUGCAAAAAAUAAUCCACAUCAACCAACACGCCAGUGCUUUUCCCAGACUUGUAGAAAUUCUUUUGUAAAUGGUGAAAAGCUGAUACCAAACAAGUCUCUGCAUUCUCUGAGAAAUGAAUGUUGCAUCAUAACUGUUGUGACACAUGGGGAUUCAUGGUACCCACAUCCAGUCUCUUUAAGAUUUUCUCUAUUUUAUGAUUGUGGUUAAUGGUUCGUAGAACUUAUUUAAAUGUAUAAAGGUCUUAAAUUAGUGCACCUGUUUAGUAUAAGCUUGGUGGGGUAAGUGGGACCAGGUGCCCAAUUUCCCCAUAAAGCAGCCAAACAUUUAAAAUGUAACUAUAGGGAGGCAGCACGCGCCCAAGAAGCUACUGCAAUCUCCCAAUUUUUGCUCAAGCUGCAAAGCUGCUGGUGUCUGCUUUCCAGGUACAGCUUAAAUACUAACCAAAUCUGAAAGAGCACUGGACAAAGAUGGGUGUGUGAUUAAAAUUUGCAGAUUAUUUUUAAUCCCUGUAUUCUCACUGCAACACCGAAGAUGCUUAGUUUUUUGCAUUUGAACCACUGUCAUCUGAACUUGUCACAUUAAAUUAAUAUAAAAAAGUACUUUCUGCCUUCCUG